UUCUUCCGUUAUUCGCCAUUUUGUCUCUGACGUCUGUGGACGUGUGCCACUUAAUCAGAAACUGAUUUUUCCGGCUGAAGUGUUGAUUUCGUUCCUGGAAAUAAGUUCGAGAAUCUUGCUAAAAUGAGUUACGGUAGGCCGCCGCCUCGAAUCGACGGGAUGGUGUCUCUGAAAGUCGACAAUCUCACCUACAGAACGACGCCGGAGGAUCUGAGACGUGUGUUCGAACGAUGUGGCGAAGUCGGCGACAUUUACAUACCAAGGGACCGUUUCACCCGGGAGAGCCGUGGAUUUGCUUUCGUCAGAUUCUAUGAUAAACGAGAUGCAGAAGAUGCGUUGGAUGCGAUGGAUGGAAGAUUGUUGGAUGGCAGGGAACUUAGGGUUCAAAUGGCACGAUAUGGACGGCCAACUUCCCCACAUCGUAGCCGUGGCAGCCGCCGAAGAGGAAGAUCACGCAGCAGAAGCAGAGAUCGUAGGCGUUCGCGUUCUAGAUCACGUAGUAGGUCAAGAAGCCGCGAUAGGGAUCGAAGGCGAUCCUACAGCCGUAGUCGUAGUCGCUCACGUUCUGAUAGUAAGAGCUCACGUGGCAAGUCUCGUUCCAGGAGCAAGUCUCCAGAUAGACAAAAGGACAGUCGUUCUAAAUCAAGGGACUGAAGUAAUGAACCAUAAGCGAGUACGACUGUGAACAGAUGCACGUGCCGCGAGUGCGGAAUAAUCAUUUCUUGAGAAUGAAAAGGUAUUCUAUUACCCUCUAAUACCUAGAGCAACACUGUCGCACGUUCACAUUUCUUCUAUCACUUACAUAUUAAUUAUGACGACGCACUUGUUUGGGUUUUUCAAACCCAAAACUAAUUUUAAUGUACUGUAUCUAGACUGUGAGUUCAAAGGGGCUCAUGAAGAUUCUCGUUUGCAAGUUCUUUUUUUCUCUCGUAUUACUCUAUACUUCGUUAAGUGACACUUGUCACAUGCUUAUUUCGCUCAGACAAAAGUAAAUGUAUUCCUAUUUUUUCUAUGUAUGAUUAAGCUGUCGUGAACUGGUGUUCCGAUCAAUCAAUUCAAGUUUUCAUUAAGUUCUUGAUAAGAAUUUUAGAUAAUAUGCACUAGCAUUAUACAUUUGAUGUUCGCAAUCGAUCGUUGAAGUUAGAACAGGCAUAAUAUAAUUGAGUUUCUACAUUCUAUGGAUAAAAUAAAAGCAGAAAAAAGAUUGUUGUUAGUUCGACCGGACAAUGUUUCUUGUUUUAUAAUUGCAAUAUAGUGACGUGCACAACUUCUAGUACUUUGUCGGUGUAAGUGAGUUAUAAGAUAACACAAGUCUAUUCUUUUUCUUCCAUUUUUCUUGAUUACUAUUAUAACUAUUUUAAGCCACACCGGCGUAUAUAAAUAAUUAAGUACAGGAGAGCAUCUAUUUCGAUCAGAUAUGUCCAAUUGCGAAAAAUCGUUUUCCAUCAAUAUGAAAUUGUUCGAACCAAGCAAGGUGGAUUUAGAUAUCCCUGGAAUUACAUCGGGGUAUUGAUGUGUAAUGGUAAUUAGCAGGUAAUGUAGUACGUAUGUGGUCGAUUGAAGUCCAGUUUCUGUACAAAUUUUAAACUGAACCCUUAAAUCAAUGAUUGCCUGGUUUUUCUAUUAUCGUUUAUCGUUGAGAAACUUUAACGACCUUACUAGUUAACAGAAAGAAAGAAAUACUAAAAGUUCUCUGGUACACACACGACUUUUUAGAGAUAAGUUAUGCGUUUCUGUAAUAGUAUACAGAUUUAUUUAUGUAAGUUUGCCAUUGAUAAUAAAGUGUAAUAAAAUGCGGAAGACAGAAACUGUUCGCAUAGUGUUAGACAGUGACUAAAAGCUAAGUAUAAUUGUAGGCAACAUAGGAAACACGAUCAAUCACUGUGUGUUACUUUUAACUUUGCUGAAACUAGGUAUCCAUGUCAGUCCAUGUUACUUGAGUCUUGAGAAUGAGUUUCAGUAAUCAUCAGUUGGUACCACGCUAUCUCGUAAUAUGUAUAAAUACAAAACAAUUCUCUUCCUUAAUCAAACAAAUUUCGAGAUAGUUUCCCUAGAAGAGAAAUACAAUAUCAAAUUCACAAUUAACGCUGUGAAUUAAAGAAAAAGUAACACUAACUCAUCAUCGAGUUAAAGUGGUCUUGGGAUUGUGUAUAGAUUAUUGGUAAUAUUUUUCAUUCACGUACAACAGAUUGUCAAUGUCCUUCCGAAAAGAAAAAAAAUAUUAAAAAAAUAUCCUCACA